AUGUCCGUCGAGGACGAUCCCAUCACCUGGGUCGGCAGCAACCACAAAUACCGGGCCAUCACCCUCACGGGCAUCCCCAGCAGCAACGCCCUCACGGGCACCCGCCGCAUGGGUUUCACCACCACCACCAUCCCCACCACCACCCUGGUCCCGGGCAGCGCGGACCUCCAGAUGCCGGAGGAGCUCCUCCGGGUCCCGGGCCGGUGCCCGCCCCCGGCGGCGCCCCGGCGGUCGCCUCCCCCUCGGCUUCUGGCGUGGUCGGCGGCCCGGAAAUCACUCCCCUGGUAG